AUGGCUGCUCACGGGUCUGACGGGAGAUGCCCGCCUCCUCCGACGGGGCGCACCCCCUCCCCUCCUGGCCACGACACCGGCAAGGUCCUUGCCCACGUGGGGCCCUGCCUCCUGCCAGCUGGCUCGCGCAGCCCCUCACUCAGCUCCUACCGCCUCCCAGAGCAAGUCCAGACUUCAGCAGGAAGGGAAUCGGCUUGGGCCGAGAGGCCCCUGACUACCUGUGGGAGUCUCCUGGAAAGGGAGGGGACUGAACCUCCUGGUACCAAGGUCCAUGGCCCCCACAAGCUACGCCUGAGCCAGAGCCACCAGUCCUUGCCUGCCCCGGUCCUGGAACAGAAGCCUCUCUGGUCCCGUGGGGAAGCCGGGAAGCACGUGGAAGUGGGCUUUGACCCGGCCCGUCUCAGCGGCGGGGCCCCUCCCCCCCCGGGGGGCACAGCAGGGCUCUCGGCCCCGCCGGCUCCGGCCCUAAGCGCCCUGUGUCCUCCGGGAAGGCAGUCCGCCUCGGAGGGCCGCCCGCCGGGAUUCCCUGGAGGGGUCCCCGCCCGCUCCUGCCCCUCAGCCGCCAGGAGCCCCCGGAGCGCGCAGGACGCCGGCCUGAGGAAUAACGGACUCCCCAGAGCAGACCGCGGGCCAUCGAGGCAGAGAGGGGCCCUUUGCCAAGGACUCCGCUCUAUUACAGCAAUGGCGGGCUGCCCCUUGGCCCCCCCCCCCGGCUCCGCGGCUGCCCGCCCAGGAGAGCCCCCCCCCCCCCAGCGCUGGGCCAGAAGCGGGCCCGAGGCUGCCUCCCCACAGGGGCCUCCCCGCGUUUCCCCGCACGGAGGCCGGACCUCCUCGGGCUCCCCCAGCGCUGUCCGACAGCGCCAUCUGCUGGGCGCUCCCCACAGCCACGAGCCGCCUCCGAGGUUGGCUCUCUGA